ACAUCGAAGAAACCCGGUCUUGCAGAAGACGAAGUGUACAUGCGAUUUUUGACUGGAUGCGCCCGGCAUUGGUGUGGGGUAUCUCGAAGUAAUUGUGGCUUACCCUGAUGGAAAUCCCAAAUCCCAGUGUUUGACAUCCGGCUUCCUCCGUACGAAAUCGUGUCCACGAGCUGAAUGAACGAUGAUGCAAAAUCUUGUAUUUUUUUGCCAUCUUCUAGUGUGCGAGACGUGGAUUGUGAGAAACUAUUGCUGGCACGAUCAAGUUAUGCCGUCCACUUUGUGCCUAACUGAGUAGACGGUAGCGCCCCUCCGGCUCAGAAUGUUACUUCCGUUCUGUGACUGUGCGGUGGAUAUGAACGCUGGAAGUUUCCCGAGCUUGCCUCGGAUGCCUGUUGAAAAAAGGCCGCCAAAAGGCCGCCAAGAACUGUAGCUUCGCGUUCUCAGUGCCAAUACCGUAAGGAAGGAGCGACCGGAUGCCGCUGUCGAGAUAAUUUAGAACUGAAAACUGUGAUUGGUUCUCAUGCUUGGUCUGGACUUGACUACCACGUGCUAGUUACCCUGGUGUAUUUUAACCUGUUACAAUCUGGAGCACGAAAAGUCGACCGCGACGGUAAGAUGCCCGGAACUGUUUUCGUUUUUAUGCGUCGGGGAAUCGACUGUAUCUGCUUAAGCACCCUUGGUGUCUCACCUGCCCCGUGCUUAUGUGCAGGGGAAGUUACCUUAACUGCGAGUUGCCUCAUGGCACGGGGACUGGAAUUUGACGGACGGUGUCUUUUCGUGCAUUAAGGGAGGGGCGGGGUUGAUGCCGUGUUGUGAUUUCUGUACAUGCUUACGCUGCUGGUGGUGUUAACGAAGUGAAGUCCGCGUUAAAAAAAAUUAGUCGCACAAAAUGAAAGUUCCGAGUCGUACAUCACGACUAAUGGCUGUAGCUGGUUUGUGAAGUAGCUGGCUGAACAACCAAUGUGGCGUGAGAAAAAAAGCUUGGACGAUGACAACGGACGGAUUCGUUAGCAGGAACUGAGUUUUGGAAGAACAAGACGCAUUUGAGAGAGGACAGGCGUUUGGUUGCCCGGCAGCAUGCUAUUUUCUUGUCUCACACGAGUUGGGCGCCUUUAUUUAUACCUUGUGCCCUACUUGACCCUGUGUGAUUGGGAAGACGCGAGUGCUAUAUGGGCGCACCUGGGUUGUCUCUGGGAGGCAUUGAGAAUUGAAUCUUCUGCACAUUUUGAUGGGACGGGAAAGAAUUUGCUUGGUUGGAACAGUUGCCACUCACGGUUGGGAGCCAAUGCAAUUUGUGACUUCCCCUCGUCGUUCAUCCAUUGCAAAGAGUUCAGGGUGCGAGACACUACGGUAGUACAGAGAGCGAAUGAUGCCACGCGUACCGUCUUUGUCGGGGGGCAUCAUAUCAUGCACAGGGAGAAGUACUUUGGGAGAGGAGGACGGUGGGUGUUGCUGAUUACGUUGUGUUGUUUGAUCAAGCCACUUGAGAAGCAGGUCGUAGUAGUGCGCCUGGUAAGAGUAUGUUUGGAGCAACUUGUGACCUCACAAAAUGUUCGAACGUAAAAUAUUUGUUGCAGAAUGAACUUGAACCGGGAAGAGACUGUACGUGGGCGGCUUCGCUUCACCUGUGUGUGGAGGAGAGGCGUGGAGAUGGUGCGCGAGAGGAAACGGGGGCGCACAGCGAGGGCAAAGAAAAUGGUUUUGGACUGGAGAGGAGCAGUGAGCUGUUUAUCCUCUGGAAGGCAAGCCAUCUGAUCUGUGUUGUGUUCUCGACCUCUCCUGAUAUCUAGCCGUCUUUUUCCUCCUCGUGAACGUGUAGUCGCAGAGCGGAAGAGGGUGAAGAAAAUGAGCUGGGACUACGAAGCAGCGGGCAGCUUUCUUUGUUGCCCCCCGGAAGGCGAAGCCAGCGCUUUCCCAUCUUUUGUUCUCGACCUCCGUAAACAUGUCGUCGCUGAGCAGAAGAGUGCGAAGAAAAUGAGCUUGGACUAGAGAGGUGCGUGUAGCCGGUUUUUUGCUCCCAAGCCAGCGCCUCCCAACUACUGUGUUCUGAUCUCUCCCUCCUGGUGUGUAGCUGUCUUCUUCACCGAGAAGAGGGGGGUCGAAGACAAGGAGCUGGGACUAGAGAGCAGCGGGCAGCUGUUUUUUCUCCCAAGGCCAAGCCAGCGCUUCCCAUCGAUUGUUCUCCACCUCUCUGUGCUGGUGUCUAGCUGUCUUCUUCAGUCCCGAAAACAUGUCAUCGCCGCCGAGCAGAAGAGGCGGAUAGCCAUCAUUUACCCAAGUGUGCAAACGAAGGAGCGGAGUGGAACAAAUGAACGCUCGCUCACCGGCAGGACUCCCCCCAGCGCCGGAAACCAAUCCUGAUUCGGAGCUGGCCGUGUAGUCCGUUCCCCGGCUCGCCCAAUCCUGCUCAUGUGGACAAGAUGGUCAAGAACCAGAGAAAGGAAUGCGAAAGUCAUUCGUCCAUGCGACCGAUGUUUGUGCAAAUGCCAACUAGUUGUCUGCCUUUGAUACACAUCAUACAGGUCGCGGUUUACACGUGGGGUUCUCUUCGACAUUUCAUCCAGCAUUGGUUGGUUAUGUGGAUAUGCUCCUCCACUUCACCUUAGCGAGCCGUUCUUCAUAUGACGACGUACGAUCAUGCACAUCACUCCGACCACGUGGCGAUGGCCGUUUUAUAACCGGGGCACGCAUUCAGAUUACCUCGUCAUCACUCCAGGCACUAGUGCCGAACCGCAUCUUGCUGUUCUUGCGUCAGAAUAUAUAUGAUGACUACCGCCGUAGUAAAUGGCGCGUGCGUUGGCGUGAAUAUUCGGUCCUGGAUCGAACACAAGCAAACGUCGUAGUCGCUGGCGGGCGAGGUUGGCUGGUGGCUACUGGAUGUGUAGACGGCUGGCGAGCUUGGCUGGGUACCUUGUUCACCCGAAUACAACGUAGGGGCAUUAUGGAUGUGUAUUUAUAGACUGAAAGGUACCCCAAAUUCGGCCAGCUAUAAGGACCGUACGUUGUAUAGGGGGGAAGACUGUAGUACGUUGGCUGUCCGGAAACGAGGAGGAUAGACGGUUGGCGACAGUGUAGGUUGGUUGGCUGGGACCGAGGAGGGGGGGGAAAAAAAUAAAUGGCUGCCUACAGUCUUCCGCCGAACACAACGCACCCUGACUGAUAACGAACGCGUAUACAAGCUUUUGUCUUUCCGCCCGGGUGCAGCAUAAUUGGAGGGUGCGUUGUGAUCGGGGGACGAAGACGCUUGGUUGGCUGGCUGGAGUCGACGGUAAACAUAAACAUUUCUUUCCUGAAUGCAAUGAAGGUUAAUUGAGUUC